AUGCGCGGGCUCAUCAUUCUGCUGGCUAUCCAAGUCACUGUUACUAUACUUGUCAAUGAAACUGGUGCUGUCGACAUUGAUACGCUCGCAGCAGCUCGAUCUGGGGUCGUCCAAGAUCCUGCUGUUGAUGGCCAUGUCGCCAACAACGUCCAGCGGCUACUGAGAAAGCGUGAGCCUGUCCAUGACGGCACCGAGCAUGCUACAGAGUCAAUUAACAAAGAGAGAGAUGUUUCGGCAGCUGUUAAAGCAUUUGCUGAGAAGCUAAAAGGUAUCUGA